AUGGGUAACUCUCCUAGCCACCCUAUCGACCUGGUUCUCCAACACUUUGGGGAUUUUAAGUCCCACGCAGCGGACCUAGGGCUGGAGGUCCGCAAAGGGAAACUCCAAGCCCUUUGUAAUGGGGAAUGGCCCACCUUUGGGGUACAAUGGCCUUAUGGGGGAACCUGGGAUCGUGCGGUCAUCUCAGCAGUCCGCACGGCGGUUUUGGCCCCUAGAACCGAGGGGCACCCAGACCAGAUUCCCUACAUUUUUACCUGGCAAUCCCUGGCUCAGGACCCUCCCCCAUGGCUCAAGCCGUACACCGACUCAGCACGAGUCCUCACCCUUGCCCUAGACAAAGCAGCCCGUGACCCAUCUGAAAGCAAGGGACAGCCCAACCCCUCAGCACCGCCAGUCCUCCCAGCCCCAGAGGAAUCUCUGCUGGACCUUUCCUUACCUCCCCCUUACAACCCCCCAGCUCCCAUAUACCCUCCCUUACCGGGGGAAGCCCAGGCAGCACCUCCUGCCCAGGCAGUUCCCCCUGUUUUACCUUCACCUCCCCCGGCCCAUCGGACAAGGGGCCGCAGCCCUCUCGCUCCCGAAGAAGGCCAGUUACCUUCCUCCACAGUGGCCCUCCCUGUCCGGACUGUGGGACCCAUGGUCCCCGCCCCCUUUUCUGAGCAACCACAGAAGCUCAUUGACCUUCUGGAAUCCAUUUUUCUCACUCAUACUCUCACUUGGGACGACUGUCAGCAGCUUCUCCGCACCCUCUUCACUAGUGAAGAGCAUGACUGUAUUCUUGCAGAAGGGCGGAAAAUGAUUCUAGGUGACGACGGCCGCCCCACGGCUGAUCCCACGGAGCAAGGUAGGGAGCGUCUUCAGUCCUAUCGCCAGACUCUCCUAGCAGGCCUCUGUGCAACAGCUCGGAAGCCCACUAAUUUGACCAAAAUUGGGGCAGUUAGACAGGACCCUGAGGAAACUCCCGCAGCCUUUCUAGAACGGCUACAGAAUGCCUUCCGAAUGUAUUCCCCCAUGGACCCCACAGCUCCUGCCAGUCAGACGGCAGUCCUACUAGCAUUUGCCAAUCAAACGGCACCAGACAUCCGUAAAAAGCUGCAGAGGGUGGAUGCAUUCACGGCACAGUCCCUAGAGGAACUUCUGAAGGUAGCAGAGAAGGUCUAUAACACCAGGGAGACUCCCAAGGAGUGGGCAGAACGCCUGAGACAGGAGGACCUUAUCAGGCAGGAUCAGAGACAGAAAGAGGCUGAGGAACGGGAUGUCAGGAUGCAUUCAGAACAACGCUUUCGGGAAGAAAAGGCCCAAAGACAGAUGCUUAAAGGUCAACAAGAGACCACUCGUAUUCUAGCUGCAGCCCUUCCUUGCAUUGAGGGGACUCCCAUUCCCCUGCUGGUGGACACGGGGGCAGAACACUCAGUCCUCCAACAUCCCCUGGGCGAGACUUCCUCCAAAUUUUCCGUGGUCCAGGGAGUGGCGGGUUCUCACAAAUACCCCUGGACCACUAAAUGAACUGUGAAUCUUGGGACCCAUGUGGUCUCCCACUCCUUCCUAGUCAUUCCUGAUAGCCCUGCCCCUCUCUUGGGUAGAGAUCUUUUGCAUAAAUUAGGCGCUUGCAUACAGUUUCACCAAGACUCAGUGACCGUGACUGAUGCUGAAGGAUGAGCAGUGAGCCUUCAGGAUGAACACCGAUUGUUCUCUGACCCCAUUCCCGCCAACAUUCCACCCCAUGUUAAGCCUUGGGUGGCGGCUCACCCGGGGGUGUGGGCGGAGCUUUCAGGUGUUGUCUUGGCAAUCCGCCAAGCCCCAGUCGUGAUCCCCCUCAAGUCCGGGGCCACACCCAUCCGGGUCAGACAAUACCCAAUGCCCCUAGCAGCCAGGAAAGGGAUCCAACCCCAUAUCGACCACCUUCUGAAGGCCGGAAUCCUGGUUCCAUGCAAAUCACUUUGGAACACUCCCCUCUUACUGGUAAAGAAACCUGGGUCAAAUGACUAUCGGCCGGUCCAAGACCUGAGGGAGGUGAACAAAAGGAUUGAGGACAUCCAUCCCACAGUCCCCAAUCCUUACAUGCUGCUUAGCAAUCUCCAUCCUUCCCUUAUAUGGUACACCACUUUGGACUUGAAGGACGCUUUCUUUACCCUCCUGCUUGCACCCAUUAGCCAACCCAUCUUUGCCUUUGAAUGGCACACCCCUGGGUCCCCGACUGUCUCCCAACUAACCUGGACUAGACUCCCCCAGGGACUGAAACUCAGCCCGACCCUCUUCAGAGAUGCUCUGGCUCAGGAUCUGGAGGAGUUCCGCACUGCACGUCCUGAAGUGACCCUCUUGCAGUACGUCGACGACCUCCUCAUCGCUUCUCCCUCUGAAGAUUCCUGUAAAGAUGCUACUCGAGCACUUCUGACCUGCCUCCAGGAAUCGGGGUAUCGCGUCAGCGUGAAGAAAGCGCGCAUUGCCCGCACGGAGGUAAUAUUUCUAGGCUAUAGCCUGAAAGAGGGUUUUCGAUGGCUCACUAAGGCCAUGACCCAGACUGUCUUGACAAUCCCUACCCCAUCAUCACCUAGGCAGGUCCGAGAGUUUCUCGGGACGGUGGGUUACUGUUGGUUGUGGAUCCCUAAUUUCGCUGAAAUCGCGAAGCCCCUCUAUUUAGGGGCUAGGGAGUCCAAGGCUUGGUCAUGGACAACGGACAUGGACUUGGCCUUUCAGGAACUGCGCGCCUCCUUGCUGAGAGCCCCGGCUUUGGCCCUGCCUGAUCCCAAAAAGGCAUUUUUGUUCUUCGUGGAUGAAAAACAUGGAGUAGCAAAGGGAGUCCUCACCCAAAAGUUGGGACCCUGGGACAGGCCAGUGGCAUAUUUGUCCAAAAGGAUGGACCCUGUGGCAGCGGGGUGGCCAGCAUGCCUCCGCAUUAUUGCCGCUAUAGCUCUUUUAGUCAAGGAUGCAGACAAACUCACCCAUGGCCAAGCACUGACCAUUGCCACCUCUCACGCCAUUGAGAGUGUCCUUUGGCAACCACCAGUCAGAUGGCUCUCACACUCUAGGCUGACACACUAUCAGUCCCUGCUCCUCAAUGAACCGCGACUCACCUUUAAGGUGAUCUCAGCCCUCAAUCCUACCACCCUGCUCCCUAUAGGGGACCCAACAGCAUCCCACUCUUGUCAGGAUUUAGUAGAAGCUACCUCAGCAAGACCUGACCUCAAGGACACCCCCAUCCCAAACCCGGACCUCAUCUACUUCAAUGAUGGUAGCAGUUUCAUCACUCCCUCGGGGGCCAGAGCAACGGGGGCAGCAGUAGUUGACCAAUCAGGUUCCAUUGUUUGGGCAGCCCAACUUCCUGAAGGAACCUCAACCCAGCAGGCUGAAUUGAUUGCUCUGAAAGCAGCCCUUAGGGCGGCAAAAGGGAAGCGAGUGAAUAUCUACACAGACAGCCGCUACGCAUUUGCCUCCCUGCAUGUUCAUGCUCCCAUCUACCAUGAGCGAGGAUACAUAACCUCCACGGGGAAGCCAAUUGCCCACCUAGAACAUAUUCAGGGUCUCCUGGAUGUGGUCUGGGAACCCCACCUGGUGGCUGUGAUCCACACACCAGGCCAUCAGAAGGGCGAUUCCCACCCAGCACUGGGAAAUAGGUGGGCGGAUGAAGCAGCUCGGGAAGCAGCAACCCAUGCCUCCAUAUGGAGGCCUGGCCCACGGGUGCUUACCCUUGCAUCCCCUCCCCAAGGCCUCCUGCUCCCAGCCCCUCCCUCAGAGUCACCCCAAUACUUGGAAGAAGACCGAGUAUGGGUUAUUAAACAGGAAGGCGAACUCUUAGCCGGCUACGAGGCGGUUUUCCAAGACCGCUGGGGCAACAUACUCCUGCCCCAUGUGGGCAUGACCUCCUUUCUUGAGGAACUUACCCGCAAAUGCACUACCUGCCAAGCAGUGUGGCCAGCCAACCCCACCCCCGCCCCAGGGGCCCGGUUAAGGGGAACAAGACCCUGUGAACAUUGGGAACUCGACUUCACUGAGAUAAAGCUGGGAAAAUUUGGGUUCUGGUACCUUCUGGUUAUGAUGGACACGUUCACGGGAUGGCCAGAAGCCUUUCCUACCAAGGCUGAAACAGCACAGGUAGUAGCCAAACAUCACCUGGAAGACAUCAUCCCUCGCUAUGGUCUCCCCACCUCCUUGGGGUCGGAUAAUGGACCAGCCUUCAUUAGCCACACUGUCCGGCUGCUGGUAAAGGGCCUAGGGGUAACUUGGAAGCACCAUUGCGAAUACAGACCUUAGAGUUCAGGUCAGGUAGAGAGGAUGAAUCGGACCCUAAAAGAGUUUCUUACUAAACUCACCCUGGAGACUGGCAAGGACUGGGUGACCCUCCUUCCCUUCGCUCUUUUUAAAGCCUGAAAUACCCCGGGCCAGCUAUCCCUUACCCCCUAUGAGAUCCUUUAUGGCUCCUUACCCCUAUUCUAUCAUCCUUUCCUUCCACCGAAAAAAUACCCCCCCCCCCCCCAUCUGCGAGAUUUUGUUCUUUCCCUUUCCCAGGUGCAUGCUGAAUUGUGGCCACAUCUUCAAGCCCGGUUUCAACCACCACCACUCAAGCCUCACCAAUUCAAGCCCGGUGACUGGGUCUGGGCCGAGAGACACAGGAAGGAAACCUUGCAACCCAGGUGGAAAGGGCCAUACGUCAUCCUGCUGACCACUCCAUCCGCAGUAAAGGUGGAUGGCAUUGGCCCCUGGAUCCACCAUUCUCACGUCAGGCCAGCCACAGCUCCAAACCCAGGGUGGGAAGUUAAGGCCCAUCUGAAUAACCCUUUGAAGCUGACAUUGAGCAAACCCUAA